UUUAGAAAGAUAUCUAAAACAGCAAAAAGCGAAACUGGCAUCACUGGUGAUAACAGACGAUCGCACUCUGGCCAUUUGCUAAAUUAAAAUUUAUUUAUUAAAGUAAACCAUAGUGCAUUUAAUUGAGUAAGAAUGUAUGCGAGACUACUCCGCAACGUUGGAGCAAGUGCCAGGUGCUUUGCCACCGAAGCCACCCCGAAGGUGCGACCCAUCAAUAAGAUCCUGAUCUCCAACCGGGGUGAGAUCGCCUGCCGCGUGAUCCGCACAGCCCGCAAGCUGGGCGUUCGCACCGUGGCUGUAUUCUCCGAUCCAGACGAGAAGAGCCUGCACACACAGCUGGCAGAUGAGGCUUACCGUGUGGGAGAGGCCGCCUCCUCCGCCUCGUAUCUGCGUGGUGAGCACAUCUUGAACAUUGCCAAAAAAUCGGGCGCACAGGCCAUCCACCCGGGCUAUGGCUUCCUCUCUGAGUCCGUGGAGUUCGCAGAGUUGUGCCAGAAGGAGGGCGUCAUAUUUAUGGGGCCGCCGAGCUCCGCCAUCCGAGACAUGGGCAUCAAGAGCACGAGUAAGGCGAUUAUGGCUGCUGCCGGAGUGCCCAUCAUCAAUGGCUACCAUGGCGAGGGUCAAUCCGAUGAGUGCCUGCAGAGGGAGGCCCAGAUCAUUGGCUUUCCGCUGAUGAUCAAAGCCGUUCGUGGUGGCGGCGGCAAGGGCAUGCGAAUUGCCGAAAAGCCGGAGGACUUCCUCACAGCCCUGAACUCUGCUCGCACCGAGUCCCAGAAAUCCUUUGGUGACAGCUCUGUGUUGCUGGAGCGCUAUGUGCGCUCUCCGCGCCAUGUGGAGGUCCAGGUCUUUGCCGAUCAAUAUGGUGAUGCUGUUUAUCUGUGGGAACGAGACUGCUCCGUUCAGCGCCGUCACCAAAAGAUCAUUGAAGAAGCGCCAGCGCCUGGUCUGUCGGAGGAGCUGCGUCGCGAACUAGGCGAGGCAGCUGUGCGAGCUGCCAAGGCCGUGGGUUACGUUGGAGCCGGCACAGUAGAGUUUAUUCUAGACAAAGAGGAUCUCUCCUUCCACUUCAUGGAGAUGAACACCCGUCUUCAAGUUGAGCAUCCCAUCUCCGAGAUGAUCACGGGCACCGACCUGGUCGAGUGGCAGAUUCGCAUUGCCGCCGGCGAGCCCCUACCGUUGAAGCAGUCGGAGAUCACCCGCCGUGGCCACGCCUUCGAGGCCCGCAUUUAUGCCGAGAAUCCCCGGGGCGGUUUCCUGCCCGGAGCCGGACCUCUGCGCUACCUCUCGACGCCCCAGCCCAGCGCUGAUGUGCGCGUGGAGACGGGUGUCCGCGAGGGCGACGAGGUGUCUGUGCACUACGAUCCCAUGAUUGCCAAGCUGGUCGUGUGGGGCGAGAACCGCUCCCAGGCGCUCAACUCUCUGAUUGCCCGACUGGGCGAGUACCACAUCUCUGGCCUUGACACGAACAUCAAUUUCCUCAUCGAUUUGGCCUCACAUCCUGAGUUCCAGCUGGCCAACGUACACACUGGCUUCAUCGAUCAGCACUUUGAUACACUAUUCCCGCCUAUUGUUAUCAGCCCGCAACAGGUGGGUCAAGCUGCCCUGGCAUUAGUCUUCAAUGAGUUGCAGUCGGCCUUCAGCAACAGCAACGGAGGCAGCCAGGAUCCUUUUGCCACCACACCCAAUCUUCGCCUUAAUUACGCCCUGAUCCGGACCUAUAACCUGAAAGCAAACGAUAAAGUUUACUCCGUGGCUGUGAAGUUCGAUGGCGAAGAUGUUCAAGUACAGGUGGAUAAUGGAGACUGGCAAGUAAUCAAAGCGGAAAGAGUACAGGAUGGUGAGCGCCUCAAGAUUCGGGCCAAUAUUGAUAGCAAUAUCACCACCUACAAUGCCAAUAUUGAUGGAGUCAAUGUGGUCUUGUUCUUAGAGAGUGGAAAACUAGACUUUGAGCUGGUUCAGCCCAAGUUCUUGAGUGCCCAAGUCGAUCAACUGGGAGGAGGUAGCUCCAGGGUGGUGGCACCCAUGCCCGGUGUUUUGGAGAAGGUUUUAGUGAAACCAGGUGACCAGGUCAAGAAGGGCGACAGCUUGGCUGUGCUUAUUGCAAUGAAAAUGGAGCACAUUCUCAAGGCACCCAAGGACGCCAUAAUCAAGUCGAUUGGUGGAGCCGAGGGUGACAAUGUCGCCAAGGGAGCGGCAGUGAUUACCUUCGUUGACGAAGAGGCGUCCAAGUAGUCUGGACCAAACCACGUACCAGGGAUAUUGUUGCAUUUAUCUACAAGUAUAUACCUAUAUUCUGAAUAUUGACCACCAACUACGCAUCCAGGGAUAACCAAGUGCAUUUAUUAGAGUUAAGCGUAAACCUGUCCAUUUAAUGGAAUAAUUAUGUUGUCUUUUGUCCCUUUAUGGCAUUAAAAAUGUUUAACAUGUUGACUUUCAAAAAGCAGGCUGAAGGAAUGAUGGUUGAAUACACGAAACAAAAGUUGUUUUUUCGUUUUCA